UCUCUUCUCUUAAACCCGGAAGUUUAAAAAAUGCUAUUUAAAUGGUAUAACUUUAUUUAAAUUGAUAACGUUUUACCGUGAAUACAUUAAGUAAACGUUUUCAGAAAAUAGAGUUAUCAAACGUUGUUUAGUUUGUCAUAUGACAUGUUUAAAUUUAAAGUCAUUUAAAGUUAACCUAAGGAUUUUAAAAUUGUGAAGCGUAACAAUGGCAGCAGGUGGGACUCAUGGAAUAUUUGAUGACGAAUCUUUGGAAAGACUUAAAAAGAUCCGCCGACUUCGUGAACUUUUUCAUGGUAGAUUUCCUGACAGCCAGUGUGGAACCUUGCUCAGGCAUUUUAGAUGGGACUUAUCAGUGACAGUUUCUUUUGUUUUAGAUGAAGAACCGAGGACUAUUCGUGAGAUUAUUGGAGAGGACGAGUGGCAGAUCGUUACUGUGCGACGAGACAAUGUCAUACGGGACACAGCUAGGAGAAAUGAAAUUGGUAACGAGAUCAGACAAUUCGGGUGUAAAAAUUGUGAUAGCAUGUGGUGGCGAAGAGUUCCUAUUAGAAAACCAGUUGCACGUUGCAAUAUGUGUAAAAGGAAACGGGAUGCAAUACCAGUUGACCAGGAGUACGGAUGGGCAAGAUUCCAGUGUUCGUGCUCUAAUGAAUUUCAUGCAUUUGGAAUGAUGGACAUGAGGCAGUUGAACAUAGGACUAACUGGAAAAAGCAAGUGUUUGUGCUGGAAAUGCAGGGUUAAUCUUUGUGAGCCAAUCUGCAUCCUUAAACCAUUGAAAAGAGAAGCCAGGCGGCGUCCAAGAUAUGCACAUGAAUGUACGGCCGCCAAUUGUUAUAACAGAUGCUAUCAACGUCAACCAAAUGAACCUAUUGUACCUUAUUGUGUACAUCCAAGAUCGUUGCAAUGCCAGGUACCCGGUGACGGUAGUGAUGACCACGUGAGCACUGGUUCCACGGUGAAAACGUUCCUGACCCAGGAUGAUCUAGAAUCACCAUUUUCACCAUACGAACCAAGUCUCGCGGAUAUUGACGAGACGAGAAGCGAGAACAGCGGUGGCGGCCCUGGUAACCGCAAUGGAGAUGGAGACAACUAUUAAAUUACAUAUCUAAUUGGCAUUAUUAUAUUGUAUUGAGUUGUUUUAUUAUUAAUAAGGGUUGUAAGUAAGUUAUAUGUUUGAUGUAAUCAAGCAAAAAAUCAUGUAAUGUAAUGCUCUGUUUUUGUUCUUUUCUUUCUGUUUUGGUGUCUUUAUAUUGGUUUGUUGAAUGCUGGUAAGAUUGUAUGUAAAUAAUUAUACAUUGUAGUUUUUAUCCGAAUUCAAUUAUUAAACUCAACUGUUUAUGUGAUUUACAAAAUAAAUCCUUACAAAAAUGA